AUGGACAAUGCAAGGAAUGAUGACACAGCAGGGUCCUCUGAUGCCCGAAUGAAUAGAAUGGAACAAAUGCUUGCAACCUUAACCGAAGUGGUAAUGCAACAACAGAGGGAACAACCUUUACCACCUCCACCCCUGCCGGCUCAAGUUGAAAUGGGUACCGGUGACAUCAUCAACUUGACACAGAAGUUCAUGAAAAUGAAAUCGCCAACAUUCUAUGGUGGAAUUGAACCGUUGAAAGUAGAGACGUGGUUACUUGAAAUGGAGAAACUGUAUGAGGUGUUCCCUUGUUCUGAAGUCCAGAAAGUCCUCCUAGCCACCUAUACUCCGAAGGAUGAAGCCCGAAGGUGGUGGUUACUGAUUCGAAAUGGCCACGAGAAUAUGACGUGGACUCAAUUCAAUACAAUUUUCUAUGACAAGUACUUUCCCCAGUGUUUCCAAGACCGGAAGGUUUCAGAAUUCCAAGAACUCAAACAAGGCAGAAUGUCUGUAGCCGAGUACGAGGCUAAGUUCACUGAGUUGGCCAGGUUUGCUCCUCACAUGGUGGACACAGACUACAAGAAGGCCCACAAGUUUGAGGGUGGAUUGGAUCUGGACAUACUGGAUAGGGUGGGAGUCCUGAGCCUACCCAUGUACGUGAAUGUUUUGGAUAGGGCAUUAAUGGAAGAGUCCAUUCUAGCAGCGAAGAAACAAACUCUUGUCCCAAGAAUUGAUUGGACGGGGAAAAGAUAUGGAAACAGUUUCAAAAUGGGUCGUUCAUUUUCUGGGAAUAAGAGGCGAAACACAGGAUCUUACAGUAGCUCAAACCAAAGUAGUGGUACUAUGCCGACUUGCUCGAAAUGUGGUAGGAAACACAAGGGGGAUUGUUAUCGAGCUUUGGGCGCCUGUUUUAGAUGUGGAAAGACUGGUCAUAUGAUGAAGGAUUGA